GGUGAGGGGUUAAAACUUAUCAACUUUAUAAGGUUAGGGGUGAAAACCUAUCAACUUUGUAAGGGGAAGAAGAUCAGAUGACUGAAGAUCCUUGCCUUGUGGAUUUGAGAAAGAGCAUCUGCAACGGAGAUCGAAAUGCUGUUAAGCAGUUUUUUGUUUAUGACAAGCAUCCACUAGAUACUAUAAUAUUAUCAAACGAAGGCUACACUGCUAUUCAUGUUGCAAUACUGGCAGGGAAAUAUGAGAUUGUUAAGGAAUUGAUAGAGAUGAUGUCGGAAACAGAUCUGGAAAAAAAGACUGCGGGUGACAGUGGUGGUCACACGGCUCUUACCUUAGUUGCAACGACGGGAAGAACAGACAUGGCAAAAUGCAUAGUCAAAGAGAACAGCAAAUUACUUACAAUUGAAAAUGAUCGAGGCUUUAUCCCAGUAACUGCUGCAUGUGCUAUGGGCCACAAGGAUAUGACACGCUACCUUUAUUCUGUCACCCCACCCGAAGUCUUCCUACCACAACGUGGCAAAUAUGGAUUCGAUCUCGUGAGGGCGGCCAUGGAAAACAAAAUUUUAGUGCAACAUCUUCCGAUUUGUGGAGUGGUUGACGCAAUGUUUGAAGCUACCAAGCAGGGCAUGGUUGAAUUCGUCGUUGAGCUAUUGAAAGUAAGCCAACCACUCAUUUUCCAUAAUGAUGAUGGCAGACACGUUUUCAUGAUAGCAAUCCAAUAUCGCCAAGUAAACAUUUUCAAACUCCUACAUGGCAUUAAUGAGGAAUGGAAAGCCCAUAUUCUUAAUCAGACGGACAGAAAAGGGAAUAAUAUGUUACAUGUGGCAGGGGAGAUAGCUCCUCCCUUUCAACUUGCCCGAGUCUCCAGCCCUGCAUUGCAGAUGCAAAGAGAAUUACAAUGGUUUAAGGAGGUGGAAAAAAUUGUUCCGGAAUGGUGCAAAGAAGAUAAAAAUAGCAAUGGUGAAACCCCUUAUGAAGUAUUUUCAAAGAGCCAUAAAGAAUUAGUGAAAAAGGGGGAAAAAUGGAUGAGGGACACAGCAAGUUCUUUUAUUGUUGUUGGUACUCUCAUUAUUACGAUCGCGUUUGCUGCAGCCAUUACUCUUCCAGGCGGCAAUGCUCAAGAUGGUAUUCUUCUUUCUAUUGCAGCAAUGAUGGUUAGCUUUUCUGCUGCUCUUUUGAUUAUGCUACAACAUCAACUGGCGGCAAUCAUUCCCAUAAUUGUGAUAGCUAGCAUGGCAGCUUUAUAUUUUGAAUUGUCGCAGUUUCCCAUCGUAGAUAUUUAUUUGUUGAAUCAUGCUCCGGGAUUAUCUUUCAACAGAAAAAUGGAGCCUUGGCUGUAUGGUGGAGAGCAAGUUGGUUGAUUUAUUUGGAACAAAAGUGAGCAGUUUCCCCUUCAACUUGAAAUUCUUUAGCUUGUUCUUUGGUUAUAUGCAUGUUAGUUGGAACUUCUAAUUUCCCUGUUCUAUUUGGUUGGAUUAUCAGAUUUUUUUGCUUUUAGUUAUGAGACUGUGGUCUAUGUAUCUUCCCAUUGUGUAAAAACAAUAUUAAUUAAUCAUACAUGUUAUG